AUGAAAGCGAACUUUAUCCGCUGGAAGCAUUUGCAAACAGUCUCCAAUGCAGCGUCACUGAAUACCCCGGAUAUCACGCAGAAACUAACGGAGCGCAUAGACGACCUGAAGCAAAAGAUUGCUGCUUGGGGGAAGCGGAUUCGCCGAUUUACCGAGAGGUCAAGGCGGUUCAACCAGAAUCGUCUCUUCCAGAGUGAUCAGAAGAGGCUCUACAAAUCAUUGGAGCGACCAGAGGUAUGUGGAGCGGGCCCAGGACCGGAUCAGGCUAACACUGUCGCAUUUUGGCGUGGCCUGUGGUCAGAGCCCGUAAACCACAGCGAGGGCUCUUGGACGGAAGUUGUGGCGAGUCAGUGUGCGAGUAUUACGCCCAUGGACCCCGUCAUCAUAACGCCGGAUGACGUAGCUGAGGCGGUCCGUAGAGCCCCGAACUGGAAAAGUCCGGGACUCGAGGAACUACAUCACUACUGGCUGAAGGGAUUCAUGGUGUGUCACCCUGUGCUCGCCCGUCAGUUUCAAGAGGCUCUCAACCAGAAGUCGCUCCCUAGCCUCUUCACUACUGGGAUCACUCAUUUGGUUCCUAAAGACCAGCGUAUACCCCGGACAACAUACGACACUUGCGUACCUUUCCACUCAGUUGACUCGCAGCGCUCCGUUAAGCACUAA